GGGAUUGGGAGAUGACAAUGAAUACCCCUGUCCUGGUAUUGUGGCGACACCUGUUGAUGAGAGCGAGAGAAGCAUCUCACGUAGACGAAGGAAAGAGAGGAAGGAGCAACGACUUAUUGAUAACAGUUUUGAUAGGGUACCUAAGGAUGACGGACCGGAUUACGCCUACUGCAAAGUCGAAAGGAAUCGCCAGAAGAGGAAUCACUGUAUGCAUGGACAUGACUGUGCUGGAUGUAAGGAUUAUUACGAUUAUCUACCUGAGGAAGAGCGACAGAAACGAAUGCAAGAAUCGUCCCGCCAUCGAGCUUAUUACGUCCCUCCAGACACACCGCCAAAUUUCUGGUGUCUGAACAUCCCAUCGACACAGAGUCUUAGCAUGAACAUGAAAGGUCACCUCGAUGAAUCCUUUUCUGCUGGACCGGCCAGCAUCAAAUCACCCGAACCGAAACCAGCCAAAGCCAAGGGAAAGGAGAAGUUCCGUCGCAAAAACAAAUUGACGAUUCUACCUCCGAAAUUCGAUGAUAAAAGCUGAACAGACUCGGCAAAUGCUUCUUUUACGAUGACAUGUACACCUAGUGGUAGCCAGCUGUGUUACCACUAGGCCUUGCGUCCCCUUCAUCGAAGCCGCACCCGCAAAAAUAUUGCAGUACUUCAGGCCAUUACUCAUCACUAAUUGAAAUGAUAACGUCACAUGAUGCA